AUGUACUGUAUUAUAGCUACAGUGCGCACGGUUUCAAUACGAUCCAGCAAACGCUUCCUUCUUGACUUCCCUCUGCUAUUGAUCCGACAUCUCGAAAAUGUGCAAGAUAUUGCUCGUGAUCCUUGCCUUCUUUAUUCCUCCUCUUGCCGUGCUGUUGGAUCGAGGUUGUCGUCGAGAAUUUUGGUUGAACUGCCUGCUUACGUUGUUGUUCUUCAUACCUGGCGUGAUACACGCUAUCAUAAAGUUGUUGUUGUUCAACCACAUACUCACUACGUUCCACAACCGGUAGUGGUCGCACAGUAUCAACCUACCGUCGGUCAACCAUACGUGAUUGGUCAGGGUGCACAGCCAACGACGAUUGGACAGGGAACUGUCGCGUAUCAGUCAGCACCUGUGUAUCCUGCUGCUAAGUAA